UCCGCAGCACCUGCGCCCUCUUCUUGCUGAGCUUCUGGACUCUCUCGGUUGAGCCAAUUGUUCCUGUCGCGGUCGCUCUAUCAUGGCUUUGAACCAGUACCCUGCCCCGGUUGAUUACCAUGGGCAGCUUGAGGCCUUCAAGGAUUUCCUCAAACACUUCAAAAGCUUUGAGUCCGCCUCUGCAUCAGCCGCAACAGAAGCUAUCGAAGACCUACACAUCGACGAAGAUGGCAUCAGCGACGAGUACGAUUUUAUGGAGGACGCUGAUGAGAGUGGAGCGCAGAGCAGGGCAGGGCGCCGCCGAAACAAGGAGCCCAAGCUGAAGUACAUGCAGAUGUUACAGGACGUAGCUGACCGGGAACGUUUAGACGUCCUCGUUGAGCUGGAUGAUCUCGUAAAUUAUGAGCGUUCGCUCCCGGAGGAGGUUGACUUGAAACUUGCUCAGUCCGUCCAGAGAAAUACCAAGCGUUAUAUUGAGGUCAUGUCUCAGGCAGUGGACGCUGUUAUGCCGAAGGAAACAAAAGAAAUCUCGUUCAAGGACGAUGUCCUCGAUGUGAUCAUGUCGCAACGUGAGAAGCGAAACGAAGCCAUGACCAUGGCUGCUGAAGCCGACCCAGAAGCCGCCCUAGAUGCGUCAAUGUUCCCUCCCGAGCUUACUCGUCGAUAUACCCUUCACUUCAAGCCCCUUACUCCUUCUGGAUCCAGCAGCGAACGUGCUUCGAAAGCUCUCGCUGUGCGCAACGUGCGCGCCGAGCAUCUUGGUAGCCUCAUCACAGUUCGCGGCAUCACAACUCGAGUAUCGGACGUUAAGCCAGCUGUCCAGAUCAACGCUUACACAUGUGACCGCUGUGGUAACGAAGUUUUCCAGCCGGUCACGACAAAGCAGUUCACCCCGAUGUCAGAGUGUCCGUCGAAAGAGUGCAAGGAGAACAACACGAAGGGUCAACUCUUCCUGUCCACAAGGGCGUCAAAGUUUGUGCCCUUCCAAGAAGUCAAGAUUCAAGAGAUGGCGGAUCAAGUGCCUGUCGGCCACAUUCCACGGACUAUGACUGUUAACUGCACUGGCACCCUUACGCGGCAGCUCAAUCCGGGUGAUCUAGUAGAUAUCGCUGGUAUCUUCCUUCCUACACCUUACACCGGCUUCAGAGCGAUUCGCGCUGGAUUGCUCACAGACACCUAUCUCGAAGCCCAGCACAUCACCCACCACAAGAAGUCUUACAACGACAUCGGCAUAGACAGCCGAACCCUACGCAAGAUCGAACAACACCAAAAGUCCGGCAACAUGUAUGAGUACCUCGCCCGGUCCAUUGCGCCUGAAAUCUACGGCCACUUGGAUGUCAAGAAAGCGCUGCUUCUGCUCCUCAUUGGCGGUGUCACUAAAGAGAUGGGCGACGGCAUGCACAUUCGUGGUGACAUCAACAUCUGCCUGAUGGGUGAUCCCGGUGUUGCCAAAUCGCAACUGUUAAAAUACAUUGCCAAGGUCGCCCCGCGAGGUGUUUACACGACAGGUCGUGGUAGCAGUGGUGUUGGUCUCACAGCUGCUGUUAUGCGUGACCCUGUUACGGACGAAAUGAUUCUUGAGGGUGGUGCCCUGGUACUCGCAGAUAAUGGUAUCUGUUGCAUCGAUGAAUUCGACAAGAUGGAAGACGGGGACCGAACAGCCAUUCACGAAGUCAUGGAACAACAGACUAUCUCCAUUUCCAAAGCCGGCAUCACCACCACCCUUAAUGCUCGUACUUCUAUCCUUGCUGCAGCCAACCCGCUGUACGGUCGCUACAACCCCCGAGUUUCUCCAGUCGAGAACAUCAAUCUUCCAGCAGCUCUACUUUCUCGCUUCGACGUGAUGUUCCUCAUCCUCGACACUCCGUCCCGCGAUGCAGACGAGGAGCUGGCCAGUCACGUCGCUUACGUCCACAUGCACAACAAGCACCCCGAAAACGAAGAUGCAGGCGUCAUGUUCACACCACACGAGGUCCGCCAAUAUAUUGCCAAGGCACGAACAUACCGUCCCGUUGUUCCCUCACGGGUCUCUGACUACAUGGUCGGCGCCUAUGUGCAAAUGAGAAAGCGCCAGAAGCGCGACGAAGCGAACAAAAAGCAGUUCUCCCACGUCACCCCGCGUACCCUGCUCGGUGUUGUCCGUAUCUCCCAGGCUCUUGCGCGCCUUCGGUUCAGUGAAGAGGUCGUUACAGAGGACGUCGACGAGGCCCUGCGCCUGAUUGAGGUCAGCCGAGCGUCCCUGUCCAACGAUGGCCAAUCGCACCUUGACCAAAGCCCUACAUCUAAGAUCUACAACCUCAUCCGUGGUAUGCUCGAGAGCGGUGCAGCUGCCGUCGGAGACGGCGAAGACGGCGAGCUCAGCAUGAGGAGAAUCCGAGAGAGGGUUCUGGCAAAGGGCUUUACAGAGGAUCAACUCACAAUGACGAUCGACGAGUAUGAAAACUCUCACGUCUGGCAAGUUAUCGCCAACGGCACGCGUCUCGUAUUCCUCGACAACGUUGAUGACAUGGACAUGUAA